AUGCAGGAGUGCCACACUGGCCUGUGUCUGUCCGUCUACAUCAUCACCUUCGUGCUGGGCUUCCCGGCCAAUGUCCUCGCCUUCUACACGUUCUGCAGGAAAGUGAGGCAGAAGCCCACUCCGAUCGACAUCCUGCUCCUCAACCUCACCAUCUCCGACCUCCUCUUCCUCCUCUUCCUGCCCUUUAAGAUGCAGGAAGUGAUGAACAACAUGCUGUGGGACAUGCCCUACCUGCUCUGCCCGCUGUCUGGCUUCAUCUUCUACAUGACCAUCUACAACAGCACCUUCUUCCUCACCGCCGUCAGCGUGGAGCGCUACCUCGGCGUGGCCUUCCCCAUCCAGCACACCCUGAAGCGCCGGCCCGUGUACGCCGUCGCCGCCAGCAUCUUCUCCUGGAUUUUCUGCUUCGUGCACCUGAGCAUCGUCUUCAUCAUGCCCUUCAUCGGCUCUGAGAACUUGAACGCCACCUCGAGCCACAACGCCUCAGCUGACUCUGCCAAGAAAGAAGUGUGCUAUGAGAAUUUCACCGAGGCUCAGCUGAGGGUCCUCCUUCCUGUGCGUCUGGAGCUCUGCGUGGUUCUUUUCUGCAUCCCUUUCCUGAUUAGUAGUUUCUGCUACAUCAACUUCAUCAGGAUUCUGUCCAAGCUGCAGCACAUCAACAGGCAUCGGCGCCUCCGGGCCAUAGGCAUGGCUCUAGGAACGCUUCUGGUGUUCGCGUUAUGUUUCGGCCCCUACAACGUCUCGCACAUUGUCGGUUUCAUUACGUGGAGAAGCCCUGACUGGAGAGACAAAGCCCUGCUCUGCAGCACCUUUAACGCUUGUCUAGACCCUCUUAUUUUCUACUUCUCUUCCUCUGCUGUGAGGAAAACAGUGGGUAGUGUGAUGGAAGGGGUUAAGAGUCGCCUAAACAGGUGCAAGUCCUGUCACAUGCUCCCGAAAGUGUGUGGGGGGAUUAACAAGACUGCAAAAGAUAAGGAACACAAACAAGAGGAGAUCAAUGCUAUCUGAGCUGAGUGAAGAAAGCUGCCAGCAGCUGCCUUCACUAAUGUGUUAUUACUUCAUCCUCGGGAGCAGGAAAUUAACAACAUGUUUAUGUUGUUCCACGUGAGACUAUUACAUACUGUACACGGUGUUCACCUGUUUGACUCUCAGGUGAACUUCCGAUUUGGA